GGCGAACGUGCAGUGCCCGCCGCUGAAUGCAGCCUGUAACCGAGGUCCCCGGGCCGCCCUUCCCCGGGCCCCCUUUGUGUGGUUCCUGCCUACGCAGCAGCCCGCCAGCUAUAUAGACCCGGGGCCGCCGCGCUUCCCCACGCAGCACCGCCACCCACCAGCCAUGGGCAAGAUCACCUUCUACGAGGACCGCGGCUUCCAGGGCCGCUGCUACGAGUGCAGCACCGACUGCCCCAACCUGCAGACCUACUUCAGCCGCUGCAACUCCAUCCGCGUGGACAGCGGCUGCUGGAUGCUCUAUGAGCGCCCCAACUACCAGGGCUACCAGUACUUCCUGCGGCGCGGGGACUACCCCGACUACCAGCAGUGGAUGGGCCUCAGCGACUCCAUCCGCUCCUGCCGCCUCAUCCCCCACACCGGCUCCCACAGGAUGAGGCUGUACGAGAGGGAAGACCACAAGGGCCUCAUGAUGGAGUUGAACGAGGACUGCUCCUGUAUCCAGGACCGCUUCCACCUCAGUGAGGUGCGCUCACUGCACGUGCUGGAGGGCUGCUGGGUCCUCUAUGAGAUGCCCAACUACCGGGGCCGCCAGUACCUGCUGAGGCCCCAGGAAUAUAGGCGCUAUCACGACUGGGGUGCCAUGGAUGCUAAGGCGGGCUCUUUGCGAAGGGUGAUAGAUUUAUACUAA